AUGUCUUCUUCUGGAUCACCCAAAGAAAAAUCCUCCAUGAAUGUCGAUAACCCGUACAUGAACGAGCUGAAGAUGCAUCCUAAGGAGUUGUCGCUCAAGGAUGGGAAGGUGCAAGUAGAAGAUAUUCGGGGCCCUAAAGGAGAAAGCAGUCUGGAGGCUAGGAUGAAAAGGCUGGAGCAAGAAGUCUUUAGAUAUAAGAAGAUGGCAGAACGUGAAGUGGACAUUAUCCACAAGAUAAAUGCAGAACUCAUUGGUGAGCACAGGAAGGAAGUUGCAAAUCUUUGGGAUGAUAUUUUCUCGCUCCACGAGACCACCAACAAGAUAUUGGAAACCAAGUCGUCCUUUGUUGAUGGGGAGCCUUUACCUUGGAAGUUUGAUGAUGAGAAGGAUUCACCACCAUCGAUGGAGUAA